GACUACAUCCUUCCUGCCCUUUUCUCUGCUGCCAGUACACUCAGCGAGUCAGCUCACGUUCUUAGACACAAUAUGUCUGAAACCAGUUUCGAACCUCAACACUUUACUUCGAGCCUGAAAGAGGCCAUGCAGCAAUUGGAGCUACUGAAACAAAGGAAAAGUGAGAUGGCAAAGAAAGGGAAAAAAGAAAUAGCAGAGCAUUUAACGUCUAAGGAGAAAGUUCAAGCACAAAUCCGGGGGGAAGCCACUAUUCGGGAGGAGAACCUUGUGGAUGCCAUUGAGAUCAUUCAGACGCUUUGUGAUCUGCUAUAUAACAAAGUUGAAGCAAUCCAGUCUAUGACGUGCAGAGAUUUGGACCCAACCCUGUCCGAAGCAGUGUCCACUGUGAUCUGGGCUGCUCCACAUAUGGAAACAGAGGUCCCUGAGCUGAAGACAGCAGCCAGUCAGCUGUGUCAUAACUUUAGCAAGGAAUAUGGCAAUCUCUGUCGGUCAAAUAAGCUUGGAACAGUCAACGAUAAAGUCAUACAGUCGCUGGGUACCAAACCUCUUUCCAAGUCCCUGGUGGAGAGAUAUCUGUCUGAUAUAGCAAAAGAGUUCAAUGUAGAGUAUGAGCCAGAUGAAAUCAUGGUGGACGCGUCCCCAAGGUUUGACGGUAUCGGAUUUAAUCCCUUCGAAGCCGGAGCUGGCAGCUCAAACCAAGACUCCCCAGUCUGCCCGUAUCCUCAAAACAAUGGGGCCUUUCCGGAUGCAGAAGAAAUCUUUAGAGGCAUAGAUAGUGCAUCACCAAGAUGGCCAUUUCCAAUCACAUAUGAGAUUCCCGGCAGUAAUUUGGUGAGAUCGGACAACGGUGACUUCUCCACCCCGAAUAUGGGUAUUGGAUUUAAGUCAGAUCUGUGGAGUCACAAUCAAGACCCAGAGAUCUCAGACACACAACCCGGAAGUGACACGGACCAACUGACUGAAAAAAUGUUAAAAAGUCAUUGUCAUGACAAAUAAAGUUUUUUUUUCUUUUGUGUUUUAA